AUGAGUACUCACUGUGCUAUAAAGACAAAUUCCAUCUUCAUCAAAGAACUGGAGCUGACUGUGGCCACUGGAGGCACGGAGGGCUCCUGCUAUCGUUGUACUUUACCUUUCAGUGUGGUGCUCCUGAUGAUUGGCAUUGCAGUUACUGCUGUAGCCUAUAGCUUCAAUUCCCACGGUUCCACCAUCUCCAUCCUGGGGCUGGUGCUGCUCUCCAGCAGUCUCCUGCUGCUUGGCCUCACUGCAGUGUGCUGGAAAGUCCGGCGGGGCAAAGAAAUGGAAAUGCGCUCGAGAAGUCAGACCACCCUGGUUGAGAGCCUCAGAGACAGCCGGAACUGAAAUGGAA